AUGGAUACCUCCUCCUCCCGGGGCCCCUCAGCCCGUAAUUCCCCCAAUCCCGACCAAACCAGCAUCCCUCUCAGACCCGCCAAGCGCACGCAGUCCUCCGACUCUUCUGCCUCCACUGCGCAACAUACGCCCAUCCCCGACGACAAGCAUGGUGCAGAUCUACCCAUGAAUCUAUCCGCCUCCGUGGUGCUUACCAGCCUGCCCCGCGAUGCCCACCAAGCAUUGGCCGAUGCAGAAGCCGUAGACACAGGCAAAGUCACUGUCCGGUUCCAACCUCUUCCGUCAGCUCCAAUCCUCAAAACCCGAGUGUUCAAGGUCAGCGCUUCGCAGAAGUUCGAGACAGUCGUCAACUUUCUCCGGAAGCGGCUGGACUGCAAGGAAACGGACUCGGUCUUUUGCUAUGUCAAUAGCGUGUUUGCGCCGGGGCUGGAUGAAGGCAUUGGUGGUUUAUGGCGGUGUUUCAAGACAGAUGAGCAGCUCAUUGUUGCUUAUUCGAUGACGCCUGCCUUUGGUUAG